AUGCAUUAUCUCUUAGGUAAUCAAAAUUAUUAUUUUCCGUCAUCUGAUGAACAAUCAUAUACAUUACAAGAAUUUCUUGAUAAUAAAUGUAAUAAUGAAUAUAGUUUACCAAUUAUUGUUAGACUAACGUCAUUAAAUAUUCAUGGACAUUCAAUAAAAAAUCUUCUAUCAAAAAAUACUCCAUUAUUAUUAUUAGAUAGAUAUCAAUUUGAAUCAAUUUUAGCUGAAUAUCAUCGUUCGAACGAUGGAAAAUAUCAUUCAACUAGACAUCGAUUAACAUCGACUCAAGAAAAAAUAAUUUCUAAAACAACUACUAAAUUUCGUACAAUGAAAAAAUUAUCAACAUCACUUGUAACAUUAACAAAAACAAAUUUAAGUGAUGAUAAUAGUGAUGAUGAAUAUGAAAAUAUGCGUAUUAUUAUUCGAAAUUUAAAUCAAAAACGUUCAUUAUCAAUUCCAUUUUGUCGUAUACCAAUAAAUUAUCAUGGUUUUUUUGAAUUACUUAAUGAAAAUGAUCAAGCUAUUGAACCAUUUCAUAAAUUAUCAAAUUUAAUUAUAAAGGAAUAUAAAAAUGAUGAUAAUAAUCAACAAAUAUAUACUGAAAAUUGGCCACAAGCAUUUUAUCUUCGUAGUACAUGUAUAGCAUAUACAAAACGAUAUAUUCCAAAUGAAAGAAAACUUUCUGGUAGUGCUGAUUCUUGUUAUGGAUCAUUAUCCGAUUUAGAUGCUCAUAGAAGUCUUCUUAUUCUAAAUGAUGAAAGAAUAAUUCUUCAAUCUGGUCAAAUAAUAACAAUAAUAAGUCAAUGUUUUGCAUAUCGUAGUCAAACAUGUGAUAAAGAAUUAAAAACUGAACAAUUCGAAUCACAUUCAUCAACAUCAUGGCUACGAAAUAAAUCUCGAUUUUUUUUUCUAAGAAGAAAAACUCAACCAGAACAUUCGCAUAAGAAUCAAAUAACAAAUUCAACAAAAAAUAUUUAUGAUAUAUCAAAAAAAUCUGAACCUUAUUUAAAAUGUCAAACAGAACAAGGUGAUAUUGUUUAUAUAUUAACUCAUGAAACUGGUCUUUUUAGUCCACUUAAUUCACAAAAUUAUCGUUCAAAAUCAAUGACAGAAUCAGAAAACAUGGAUAUAUCAGGAGUUUUUCAAUUACAAGAAUUAUUAUCAAACUUUCGUUUUCCAAUAUCUGUUAAUUUACUUAAUAAUUCAAUAAAAUUUGAUAAUUUUUAUUCACCAGCAAGUAUCAAUCAACAUGAAUCUUCUUCUUUAUCAUUAACAAAAUUUCGUUUAUUAUUACCGUAUACAGAAAAUGUUAUAUUUGUUUGUCCAUUAGUAAUACCAUCAUCAUUUAAAUCUCAAAUAAUUGUUAUUCCAAUACCAAUAAAUAGUGAUAUUGAAAUUCAACGUUGUUUAAAUAUGAGAGAAAUAUUUAAAAAUAAAUAUUUUCAUAAUUUAAUUCAAACAUGUACUCAUAUUAUAAAUCAAUAUAAAACUGAAUUUUCCUAUAUACAUUUUCCACUUGUAUUAAAUACAACAACAAAACAUAUAUCAAAACGUAAACAUCCAUUAUUUAAAAAACGUUCACAAUCAGAAACUCAUCUGGAAUAUUAUGCAUCGGAUUUAAUAAAAAGAAAACAUCGACGAUCAUGUGAAGCAUUUAAUCAUGAUGAUGAAUCCAAUGUAGGAAAUAAUAAUAUAACUUUAAAUCAACAUGAACAAUUAUAUCAUCGUGAUAGUUUUGAAAAAAUUAAACAAAAAUUAUCAAAUAAUGUGAUUGAUAAUAAUCAACGACAACAACCUACAAGACGUUCUGGUCAUUAUGCUAAAAUAAAAACAGAUAAACCAAGAAAAUAUUCACGACAACAAGAAUAUGAUUCCGAAGAUGAAAAUUAUCGUGAUCUUGAUCAUAUUUAUGAUUAUAUACGUUCAGGUGAUGUUACUGAUGAUGUUCAAAGAAUACAAGCAAAAGAAAAGGCAUUAAAUACUGAAUGUAAUCAAAUAAAUAAUACUUCACAAGUAUGUCAAUCAACUGCUUCCAAUGUACCAAAUUCAAAAAUAAGAAAAUCAGAAAAGAGAAUAUCACCUAUAGAUGGUAGUCCAAUGACAAAGGAAAAUCGUCGAUUUCUUCAUAAUCUUGAUGAUUCCAGACCAUUUAAUGAAUCAGAUGAGAAUAUAUCUAUGCCUCGUACUCCUUAUUUAGAAUCAAGACGACAUACAACUAAUACUUUACCUGAAGCAACAAAUUCAAAGACGAUUAUCAAAAUGAACAGAUUUAGCAAACAAUAA